AUGGCUGGAGAUGAAACAGAAACAACUUCGGAAAUUCACUCUGACGAUGCCAAAAAGAAAGCAGAACUUGAGAAUCAGAUACGAAAACGAGUCGCUUCUGAAGAACGAGCUUUUCGGAUUGUGGAGAGUUUGGUCGAUACUACUGUUAGCUUUGAACGAUUGCAAGACACGGCUCAUUUUCUCCUUCCAGCUCAUUACAAGGACAUCACAGAAGAAAGAGCCAUUACUAAACUCUGUGGCUUUCCUGUUUGCAAAAAUCCACUUGGAAAUGUGAAAAAGCAGAAAUAUCAGAUAUCUACUAAAACUAAUAGGGUCUAUGACAUCACAGAGACAAAGAAUUUCUGCAGCAGCAAAUGUUAUAAAUUAUCAAAGGUAUUUGAAAAGCAAAUCCUGGAAUCUCCUUUGUGGACUCGGGAAUUGGAAAAGCCAGUGGAAUUUCUUCUACCAGACACAAAAACUGGCUGGAUGGGAGUUCAAGUUAUUAGCCAAACGAACCCCUUAGAAAAUUCAGAGCACAUCAAUGAAGCAGAAGAGAAUAAAGCAGAAGAUUCUUCUAUUCUUGACAGCAGGAACUGGAUAAAUGAUCUGCAGGAAAAGCUGCUUGGAGAAAAACCUUUGGUUUUUAAUCAAGAGGAAGACGAGGCAGCCGACAAUUUAGAUAGCGCUGAAGCCAAUUCUGUUGCCGACUAUGAUGAAAAUCAGGGUUUUAGCCUGGGUGACUUAUCCGAUAUUCUUGAGGAUCCAAAUAUGGAUGAUGCUGUCAGCGAUAUUUCUGAAAGGCUCUCAACCAUGUUUGAUUCUGAUGAUGACCCUGACACCACCAGUGAAGCAACUCCUCCAACCCGCCAGAAGAAAAGGUCCAACUGUUCACAAAUAGACAGUCUUGCUGAUGCACUCUCCGAGGUUAACAUCUCAAAAGAAGAAAAUCUGAAGAUGCUGAAAAAUGACUCUGGGAACAAGAUGGAUUAUUACAAGAAGCUGUUUAAUUGCCAGAAAAGGAGUUUGUCUUUUUUUAUUGACCAUGUCCCUUCGAGCGUCUGCAUGGAACCUCCUCAUGCAUCAGAGGAUAUCGCAAAGAAUGUGCAAUCUCAGCCUGUUUCGGCGUCAGCUGUGAAUUUAGCAACACCAGAAAUUGCACCAUCUGCUGCCUGUGAAUCUCCGAAAUUGGAAUCAAGUCAGCAGAAAAUCCAGAAAAGGCUCCAUUCUUGGAUAACACAAGAAUCUCUGCAAUAUCUUGGCAUAACAAAAGAAGAGGACAGUGAUACAGCUGAAGAUGCCAAUGGAAAUCCAGAGUUUGCCAAACUCUGUGAUCGGUUAGACCUGAGAGGCUUGGAAUUUGAUGAACUUUUGGAAGAGCGCCUGCCACAGACAGUAAAUACACCCAAGAAGAACCUGCCUUCCUAUGAAGAUUUACAAAAAGAAACAGCCAAGUUUAGUGUCAAAGUUAAAGAAUAUUAUAAACCUCCACCAAAGAAGAAAGAAGAGAAGACUUCUGAUGUUGAAAAACCUGUCUAUGUACUUCCACCUGUUGAUUCCUUUUCUCAAAUUACUUUAAGAAGAUCCAUUGUUCUGCAACAACUUGGAAAAAGAAUAGACAGCUUGUUAAGUCCCAUGGAUAUUCUAAUUGGAGAAAUAUCCACUGAAAUAAAUGAACUCGUUUCUACCUUCAAUUUGCAAAAUGAAACAAUUGUCUUUAAACCUGCAGAAUGGAGUGCAAUUGGUAUCUUCUUGAUUCUCAUGUUGUCCAAAAAACUGGAGAAAGUGGACGUUGCCCUGCAGGCCACAAAUGUUCAAGACAAAUUCGCUGAUAUUCUGAAUCUCAAUUUUCAUGAAGCUAGACAAAUUUUAGAAAAUAAAAUUUUGCUCAUAUAA